CGCAUCUAUAAUAGCCUCUGGAAUAAGAGGACCGCGAACUUCCCCGGAGUCUUCUCUUUGACUCAUAGCAUUCCUGGUGGGAGGUGUUUGGUUCUGAGCAGGUGUUGAGGAGGUCCUCCUUUUUCCAGUUCUUUGAACGACGAUAUCACAGGUAGACAAGCAGGGUUUGUUUGGUAUACCGGGUUCAUUCGUCUUACAUAAUGAACACUGAGCAGUUCCAGCGAUUUUCUAAGCUUUUUAGUCUUAGAAAAGAAGAUUUUCCAUACUCAUCGCAUUUCGUUGCACGAGUACAAAAACUACGCUCAUUACAAGUUGAUCGGUGUUUGUUUUUUGAUGUUUUAUUAGCCGUAAUUGCUGGAAUACAGGAUGCUGCUGUUUAUUUCCCGCCGUCUGAUUUGAAUGAAUUGAAAACUCUCUUUUUGAAAAUUGAUGAGUCCGGUACCGACGAACUAAAACAACAUUGCUGUUUCUAUUACAUUCUCAAAGACUGGAACAAAAGCAAAGAAUUCGCAGAACAGGUCCUUUUACCUAAAAACUUUCGCACAUUGAUGGAUGGAUAUUAUGAGAUGGAUCACAUGAAUUAUGAGUCCGCAUUGAAUUGUUUCUUGCAUCCGUCUGUCAUUCCCAACUUUGCUGAUAAGAUUUUGGAGACACUGUAUCAGCAAAAGCAAUACAGACUUUCUGUUCGUUUCGUACAAACGAUUAGUCCGCCCCUUGAUACAUAUCAAAAACAAAGCACUUAUAUUCUCUCAUUAGCUCAAUUGAAUUUUGUGUGUGCUUACCAAAAUGCGCGAAAGUUUCAGAACUCACAAGAACUGUGGACUGAGAUGGUCCGUCAGGUACUUGCCUCUGAAAAUAAAAAAGCUUGUAAGUCUAUCAUUGCUCUCCCGCUUAGCCAGCAGGAACAACAGCUGCUUCGAGACAUUCUUCUCCAGGAUAAGGGGUUCUUUGCACAAAAACUACUUCUUUGUUGGCUCAUUCAAUUGGGCGAGCUCACAGAAGCCAAGAAACUUAUCGAAAGAUUAAACAACUUUGCCCUCGCACCUGAAGACGCUGCGUUCAUCGACUCUAUUAAAACGAUGGUUCCUUGAAUAUUACAAAUAAAUCAAGUAACCCAUAUGACUGAAUAAAUGAAUCCUAUACAUGUUGUGUAUCUAAGUUAUGAUAUGUACUGGUAUGAAGGGAAUGAUUGCAUGCACACAUAUAAAUAUUAAAACAGAGAAAAGAAAACGUGAGAAUGUAAGAGAUGGUUGCGAAAAUGCAUAUCGUCAGCUCAUAAAGCCGUCGAAGGUGGAUAUAGAAAACGAGGAAACUUUUUUUAAAAGCAACGACAAAGGCAAGAGGGAAUGAUCGAAUUCUCGUAAACAACGAGAAUUAGCGGAACUUAUAUUGAUGCAAUGAGAGCAUACCAGGAGAUUUAUCCGUUGAGCUAGACGGACUUGUGAAAGAAGGACUCUUGUACGGUAAUUGAGAAGUAGACAGUGACUUUCUCUUCGACAAGGCUUGUACGCCAAUGCGAGAGAGCGGUGACAUACGGGGUGUAUGAUUACCCGAUUUAUCGUUCUGUUUAUAGGAGAAGGCUUUCUUCCAAAACUCAACAGACGAUUCUUUCGGAGACGCAGAACCCGAAUUUGACUCGACUUGGGUAUCUGCAGGUUGGCCAAUGGAAGGUAAAGGUGCUGAAAGUACGGCCGUCUCUUUGUCGUGCGAAGAUAAAGUGGUACUUCCAGUUUUUGCUGUCAAAUCUAAGGGUGACCCUUGUGUCGUAGCUUUUCUAGGAGAAUGACUUGAGGGGGUUGAUAUCGUUUGACCAUUAAUAGCUUCAUUCUCUUUUUUGGCUUCAUGAUUUGGCAAGGCUGUGAAGUAAGGACUACAUACUGAUGUGGGUUUUCCGGGAUUUUCUUUCGCAGUAGCGAUUUUAGUACCAAGAGAACCAGAACUCAUUGAUUUUGGUUUCUUCAGAUUGUGCCCAGCAUCACUAGCAAGUAUUUCGGGUGAUCUUUGAGGAGCGAUAUUUGUAACAUCCGAAAGACUUGCAGUUUUCUGAGGACGUUUGGCAGUAGGAAAGUAAUUUGCAAUAUCUGUCUUUGCAACAAAUCUCCGUUUCUUGGAUUCUCCUUUCAAAGGUUCGCAGGAAACAAAUUUCUCCUUAGUAAUAGGAUUCAUUUCACCAAUUGCGAUCUGACGUGCUAUUUCUUCAUCAAUAGGCAGACCGACGAACGCUUCUUCAAUUUCGUCCAACGUUCCCACAACGUCGUUUAGAUGAACAAGCCGCUGUUGCUGAGGACAGUAAACACGCUGAUGCUGAAACGCUUUAUCAGCGAGAGUGAAAGUGUGUUCAAAGUCUAUGGGAACAUUCAGACUCCUUUCUGCACGCAUAGCACGUAUAGCAGCAUCUGGUUUAGGAAAACGCUGGAUGAAACGUAUAGCCUUCUUAAGUCCAAUGCCCCCGAUACCGUCUGUGUAGUCACAGCCCGAGAAAAUAGCCAGGUAUCGCAGCAUGUGAUCGUUGAAUCCUUGGAGACUCAUAUUAGGAAGCCGUGGAAUAUCUUCUCGACGUACGACAUCGCAAUUGCCAAAGUUAUCAAGUUUAAAGAGCACGGUUCGAGCACCAAAGAUCAACAUAUCCGAGUCCUCAGUGAUGAUACCGUCAAUGAAACCCGUCUUUUCAAGGUACACAAGCUGAGGAUCAGCUUCGUACGGAGCUACAACAAAUGGAAUGUUGUUUUGUCGUAAUGUCAUAGCAAAUCUAUUCGCCAUUUCUGGAGUAACAUCGAUCGAGCGUGAAAGAUGCAUCAUUGCUUGACUUCUCUUUCCUUCAUUCCACAGCUUUUUUCCUAACUCGAGAGCUUCUUUACGACGAGCACGUCGUUUCUCUUCAGUACCCAGUUUACUAGGCAAAGGUCCUCCAUCAAACACGACAAAUGGCUUAACACCGUAAUAGGUUAGCAUAGAGAUUCUAUGCAUUGCAUACUGAAUGUAUUUAUCCGUUUCAAUGUUGAAUGCGAGCUCUUUAGCACAUGCAAACACACCUUUAUGCAACCAAACGUAAGCAUCUACCCCUAGCGUUUUCCCAGAGAAUUCCUCGAUAUGUGAGGGUUUUUGAAUGUCCUUCAAGAGCCCUAAAAGCCCUUUAACUCCCAUAUAAACAAUCUGGGUCUUGUGCUCCUGGUACUUCCCGCUAAGACUGGCUCCGGUGUUGAGGACAAAGAUAAAAGUACUAUUAAACAGAACUCUAGGAAGCUAAGAUAUUAGCAACGGAAACAGAAGGAACCGUCCUAUAGAGAAUAGUAGUGUAAUUAAGAAAUCCCGUACUAUUACGCUAACAGAAUUACACAUAUAUACAAUGUCUGUAUUUAUUUCAUUU